CCCAUACAAUAACACAUAUCUCCUUCUCUCUUUUCUCUCCCAAUCUUGCCUGCCCUUCUCCUAAAGGGUCACUUUUGGGAGAUUGGGAGGGGCUGAAGCAGAUAUCAUUAUCAAGAGAUUGAGGCGAAGACAUUGUAUGAAAUGUCUUCGCCUACAGAAUCACCACCUUCACAAAAUACUUCUUCUUGGGGUUCUCCACCACCACCACCAUCAAACUCUUCUCCACCCCCUCCUCCCGACUCCUCAUCUUCUCCACCAUGGUCUGAUUCAAACCAAACCUCACCACCUCCAGCCUCUGAGAACGUCACCAAUCAAUCUCCUCCCCCUCCUGCCAACAACAACGAAUCGUCGCCUCCACCUAGUUCAUCGAAUUCGUUCCCUACGCCACCUCCUCCGUCCCGUUCACAGCUUCCUCCAGCGGCGAAACAUAAAUCGAAUUCAUCCCCGUCGUCACACCGUUCAUCAUCUGAGAAAACAUUAUCUGAUGAUCAAAAAGCGACAAUUGCAGGAGUAGCAGCCGGAGCAGGACUUUUGCUUCUCAUUUUGAUUGCCUUCUUGAUUUCUUGUUGUUGUCGCCGUAAAAAGCGAAAGUCACGUGCCCAUAUCCAUUACUACCCCAACGGUAACUACUAUCAAGGCAGAGGAGAGAAUAAUGGAAACUGGCACAACAACGCCGCCGUCCACUCCGGGGAGCAUAUGGUCAAGAUACCGCCACCGCCAGCGGGCCCACCAAGUGGUGCAGUCAGCUCAGAGUACGGAUGGCCAAUGGGGCCACCUCCGCCGCCGCCAAUGAUAAGCAGCGGUGAAAUGAACUCUGCCGCCUACUCCGGCCAACACCCACAUGCAAUGGCGCCUCCACGGCCAAGCAUCGGAGGUUUCAACCAGAGCAGCUUCACAUACAACGACUUAGCGGCAGCGACGGGGGGCUUUUCGCAGGCGAACCUGCUGGGGCAGGGCGGGUUUGGGUACGUCCAUAAGGGGGUCCUGCCCAACGGGAAGGAGGUUGCAGUGAAGAGCUUGAAGUCAAACAGCGGUCAAGGGGAGAGGGAGUUUCAGGCUGAGGUGGAGAUCAUUAGUAGGGUCCACCAUAGGCACCUUGUGUCUCUGGUGGGGUACUGCAUAGCUGGCCCACAAAGGAUGUUGGUGUAUGAGUUUGUUCCAAAUGGGACUCUUGAGUAUCACCUUCAUGGAAGUGGUCGCCCAGUUAUGGACUUCCAAACGAGGCUUAAAAUUGCUCUAGGCUCUGCUAAGGGCUUUGCUUAUUUACACGAAGAUUGUCACCCUCGCAUUAUACACAGAGAUAUAAAGGCUGCAAACAUUUUGCUGGACUACAAUUUUGAGGCAAUGGUUGCUGAUUUUGGACUGGCUAAACUCUCCUCCGACAACAACACUCAUGUGUCCACACGUAUCAUGGGAACAUUCGGAUACCUUGCUCCAGAGUAUGCAUCAAGUGGCAAAUUAACCGAAAAAUCAGAUGUAUACUCUUAUGGAGUAAUGCUCUUGGAACUCAUAACUGGAAGACGUCCGGUUGAUUUAAGCAAUGAUGACGAGGAUAGCCUUGUAGAUUGGGCAAGGCCAAUCCUCAUGCGGGCGG